AUGGCUGCAUGGAGCAUUUGGAAUCGAAGGAAUGCGUUGCAUUUUGGGUGUAGUGCUCUUCCUGUGGAUCGGAUUUGUAGCAGUGUUGGUAAUUUCUGGCAGGAAUUUUUGGCUUCCCAGGAAAAGGAAUUGGUACUUCCUAGCCCUCCAUCCAUGCAACAUUGGUGUCCUCUGGCGUUUGACAUGUGUAAGGUUAAUUAUGAUGCAGCGGUCUUUCGGUCUUUGAACUUGGCGAGUUUGGGUGUGGUUGUGCGUGACAGUAGUGAUGCUGUGGUUGGAGCGCUCUCUGUUCCCAUCUCUCUUGGUAGGUCGGUGGUGGAGUUGGAAGCUUUAGCUUGUCUGAGGGCUGUCCAGUUUGCGCUAGAAAUUGGCCUUACCCGAGUGGUUUUUGAAGGGAAUUCAACUGCUGUUAUUGACGCUUUUCGACAAGGAUCGGGCGAGCUUACUUGCUAUGGGAACGUGCUGGAUGAUAUCCAAGUUCAUGUUUCUUCUAUUCAAUUUUUGAUUUUAAUUUAG